UAAGUCAGUUCAAACUUUAAAGUCUAAUCGUUCAGAAGUAUUUAAAGAAUCAAAAAAAUUAAAUUAAGCAAAAUGCGUGUUGUUAUUGUUUUGGCUUUGUUGGUAUGUCUCUUCGCUAUUGCAUACGUCAAUGCAGCACCAGCACCAGCUGAUGAACAAAUCAUCAGUGAUAAUGUUGAUGCAUUCCAUCCAUCAGACGAUAGCGAAUUCAGCAAGAAGCUCAUCAAGAAGAAGCUUAUUAUUCUGAAAGUGAAGGCUUUGAAAAAAAUUCUUGGAAAGUAGGAAGCUAACCGCGUCAUUCAAUACAGUUAACAUAAGCAGCAUGACAAAUUUCAAAAUUUUACAUUUUUAAUUUUUCCGAGUUUUUCAAUAAUUUCAAUAAUGAAAAUGUUGCCAUG